UACAAAUCCGUUAGUACCCCACAGCCUCCUCCUCUUCCAUCAUGGCUCCCUCGGCAGACAGGCAAGGAUACUGGGGGCGGCCGACCUCAACGCUGGACUGGUGUGAAGAAAAUUAUGUCGUCUCUUUUUACAUCGCUGAAUUUUGGAACACUGUCAGCAACCUGAUUAUGAUUCUUCCUCCAAUUUGUGGGGCCAUCCAGACAUUUCGUGACGGCCUUGAGUUUCGCUACAUCUGCUCUUUCCUCGGACUGGCAGCUGUUGGUGUCGGUUCCUGGUGCUUUCACAUGACGCUGCUAUAUGAGAUGCAGUUACUGGACGAGUUACCAAUGAUUUACAGUACAUGUGUCUUUGUCUACUGUCUAUAUGAGUGCUUCAAACAAGAGAACAGCAUCAGCUUAUUUCCUAUUGCAUUAUUAUUAAUCUUCAGCAUCUCAGUCACUGUGGUAUACUUACUGUGGAAGGAGCCAGUCUUUCACCAGGUCAUGUAUGGUGCUCUAGUCGCUUGUCUUGUGAUGCGAUCUGUUUUCAUUGUUACAUGGGUUUACCCAUGGCUCAGACCACUGUGUUACACCUCCUUAGGAGUCUUUAUGUUAGGGUUUCUACUGUGGAACAUCGACAAUAUCUUCUGUGACACAUUAAGAGCCAGUAGACAAAGACUUCCCCCUGGUGUUGGCGUAGUUACACAGUUCCAUGCCUGGUGGCACAUCUUAACCGGCCUUGGAUCAUACCUGCACAUACUUCUCAGCCUGCAGAUCAGGUCAACCUACCUCAAGUACAGACCAAAAGUAAAGUUUCUUUGUGGCGUUUGGCCCACUUUCCACAUUGAACCACAGAAGACGAGCUGAAACUUAGGGAUGGGGACCAGCUGAAGGAUGGUGAGAUAUCAAGACACCAUUGGCACAGGGACUUGCCAUUGUCCACUGCUGGGAAAUCAGCCCACAGCUAGGGGGAAGGUAGACCCCAAGGCAACACCCCAGGGACCCUUCGGUUCUGCACUGUGGGGAUUUACUAAGUACAGUAUAGCACCGAGUCCAGUUUUAAGACAUUGAAGAUUUUUUCAUUAAUCAUAAUUUAUUAGACUAGCUUUUCUUUAAUUUUAUUUAAGUGUAAUAAUUUAAAUUUGCUCACACAUUGUCAAUGCAAAUCUGACGUGUAGUCCACUGUGGUGAUAAAUGUUGAAGGGGUUUUAAAUGUUAUCUUAAUUAGGGUUUGGGAAAAGGGAAAACUGUCAUUAAUUCAGAAUUCACAUUAGCGUAUUUAUGGUUGUAUUUUUGAUUCUGUGGAAAUAUGAAUCUCCUAAGCCUAGAGAUAUUUGAUCAUCCAAGUAUAACUAAUGUUGUUUGCUUAUGUGUAGUUUUAAAGGGAGCUCUGCUUUCAACAUCGAGUAUCACAUUGUCUCACUACAUCUGGGAUAGUAACUGCUAAAAAGUGAAGGUGAUACUGUGUUAGUGUAGCUGAGCUGUCUUGCCCACAGGCUUCAUGUUUACUUGAAAUUUUCCAUUGAAACAUGCAAAGACUGGAAUGAUUAUUUUCUGUUUUUGUUUCAUUGCCAAAGUUGCUCUGGGAUUUAAAACAGACAUGUAAUGUGUGAGACACAUUAAUCUUGUUAGAGCCAACAAGAGAUGCAAUGCUUAUAGAUUUGUUACACAUCCUUACACAACAGAAUUUUAAUUUUGUAUAGGACAGGGUUAAAUUUUACCAGGUUCUGUACACAAAGAAAGUGGAACCACUUUCUACAUCUCAAGUUUCUGUGGUCAGAAAAAAACGCUUUCAUAGUCUUUAAAGUGAUACUGCAUACAUAUGUGUGCUCUGUGAAGGGUUAGAAUUUUAUCAGAAUCACAAUGAGCCUCCCUUAGGAUGUAUUAUGUUAACAAACCCCUUUGUUGGGAUUUUACCAACAUCUGGAGGGUCUGAUCAGACACAGAUAAUGCAAACAUGCAGAAAGAUCACUGGGAAUACUUCAGCUCAACUUGCCCAUAGUCUGUCUGACAUUAUCAUCGGCAUGAUUAUAGUGGCUGAUGUGUACAGCUAGUACAGACAGCAGUUAAAAUAAGUUCAAAUGCUGACAGUUUAAAACCCAGCUAACAACCUGUUUAAGAGGAAGAUUUCCUCUUUGUAAUUGUUAACAUUCAGUCAAAGGAUCAAGUGAAUGAAUGGAACCUGUCUGAGUCAUUGCAUCUUUAUAACCUGCAGGGAAUCAGGUACUAAACAUUUAUUUAUUUUGUUACACUAAAUCUUCUUAAAGGGUAACUUUGGAAUGUAUCAACGUGGACCUUAUUUUCCCUUGUUUUUGUUUCUGUGUGACUAAUUGGGAUAACAUUUUAGAGAUUGAUCAAGUUUUUUUUAACCCUUUAAAAACAACAUAGUCACACAGUAACACAAACAAACUAACAGACCAAGGCAGUGGCAGACCAGCAGCUGUAAUGUUCUGCAAUGUAAAAUUACUGUAUUUUUCAAGGGAGUCUGGUGGCUUUGAUGGGAGCAAUAUAGUGAGUGUUUCUGGUUAAACUUUACUCUUUGAAAAGGUCUAUCUCUGUAGGGAUCAUUUCCACAAUGUUGUCAGACACAAAAACAAUCGGAGCCUGUCAGUGACAAAAACAAAGAUUAUGUAGCAGCCCUGUUUUGCUGGACCAAUUCUCAAAGAAUUUGUCCCAAAUAGUCACAUAGACACAAAAACAUGGGAAAAAAAGGUUGAAAAAUCCCCAAAGUACCCUUUAAUAUCUGUGUCACGCUAGAGAAGAUUAAUGGUGGUUGACUGUCUUUCAUUCUUAUUAGGAUUAAAUGACCCUUUAACUCUUUUUUUUGUAUAUUUAUGCCAUAGCAUCAAGGUGAAGAGUCAGAUGGCACAUGGACACCUUGUAGAGGAAAAGCUUUGUGAAACAGUCUGUGAUAUAACCACUAGGUGGCAUACAUUUCUAGCUUAUUUCAGACAUUGCCAAGCACGCCAGCGUGCAUGGAAGAACCACCACGUACCCACUGUAGAAGUUUUCAUGAACUGGAUCUGUAACGUGAAAUGAAGGGCUUUUUAUUUACAGUGUUUGUUUUGCUACUGUGAAAUGGUGGACAUGUAAUGGUAACAAUAGAACCUGGAGCUUGAAGUAACUGGUUGAACUGUGGAAGAUGCAUAACAUUAUUGUUUGGACAUAUUUGUAUUUGUGUGGCCUCCUAAACUGCUGUGUGAUGGAUGAUUUCCUGAGACAACACGUAAUACAGUCACAUUUCAUUACGCCUACAUGCUGUCACUAACUCUCAUAUGCUUAGGUAUAACAGUUCCGUUAACCCAGUGUUGCAAACAUUCAUAAGCAUAAUGUAUUAAAGAUAAGUAUUAACACUGUUCAAAUGUCUGAGUGGAACGUUCACUGUAUGUUACUUUGAAAUCACUGCUUAUGAGUAGAGGUGAGCAGCUGUCAAAGAGGGUGCCUUAUUGUUAUCCUUGCAGUGUAAUCCAAGUUGCCUUGAUGUUCAUGAUAAACCAUUCAAAUAGUUUCUUGUGUUGUGCAGUGUGCCCUUCCACUGAUGAUCAGGAGGACAAAUGCCUGAUUCUUUGGCCUUCCAUUCGUUCCAUGUGUCCAACAUGUUCGUUGCAUUUUGUUCUAAUGAUGUUAACUGUAGCUGUAAGUGAUGAUACUUAAGUCCAGCCCAGAAGAGCAAACUCUGCCAACAUUUUGUUAAACUUUGAUCAUGUGCCAGUCUUUAAUGAUGUCCUGUAUUGUCCAAUAAAAGAAAACGUGUCGUACAA